ACAAUUAGAAGUAGUUAGAUAGUAUCCAUACGCGUGUGGGUGUAUAUAAUUAUACAAAAAUACGUGUAAUCGUUAUAAUAUAACAUAUGGUAGGGCUCGUAGAAAUCAGCUGUGCCACACGUAGGUAUAUUACAACAAAUUGAUGACAAGUUGAGUUCCAGGAUCCCAUCAGGGGUUGAAUCGUUGAAUGUUGUUGGUGAAUGGUGAUGCGAUGCAGUGCAGACCUGAGACCUGACCUGAUUCUUAUCUUCUACUUGUACUUAUAUGUCAGUGAAUUCAUGCACGUACGUUGGCAUUGACAAUCUUCUACAUACUUAUCCGUCGUGUAAUAAGGCAUAUGUCUGUAUUUCUCUCGAGGCUCAGAAGGAGAGGAAACCGUAUCAAGGGGAUCUGAAGCAGGUCGCAAAUCGACACCCCCGAAUCGUUUAUACUUACUUAUACCUAUAUCUAUACUUAUCUCCGACAAUUACUAGUGUUUGAUUUGAGAAGACCGAGUUCAGUUUGAGAGUAGGUAAAUAUCCAUGUACAAUUGGUGUGGUGAGGAAGAGGAAUAAGGAUAGGUAAUAGGUACUACGUACAGGUGUGUGCCGUGUGCUGUCACUGUGUCGUGCUGCAGAAGUGCAGAGUGCAGCCUUGCAGAGGAAUACGAGGAGGAAGUGGUAUAUAAGUAGUGGACGUGCGUGGUGGGUGCUGUGUUAGUGCAAGAGUGCAGCCAGUACAGCUGAAAAUAAAUAGACACUGGGUACGGGUCUGGAUACUCUGCCACUCUGGAUCUAGAGCACACGAGCCGAGCAUAGGGACUGUAGGGAGCAGCAAGGACUUCUUGUUUUGUGUUGUUAGGGCCCGAAUAAUUAGUUGUUAUCGCGGAGGUGACGUUUGCUUGCUCGACGAACCAAAAUCUAUAUAGAGCAGCGGCAGCAGAGUAGGAGAGGCCAUUGCGUUAAGUUACGGUCGAUUUGUUACUGUACAUACACCUAAAGUCGCAGGUGUCGAGAACGCGUUAUUAUUCCGGGGCGGGGUUAUCGUUAAUAUUGUUUUUUUUUGACACUGUUGUUGUUAUUGUUGUUAAUCACCUUGUUGUGCUCCUUUUAGUGAGCUCUUUUAAUUGUGUAUAUACGUUAUUAUUUGUUAUAACUCCAUUGUUAAUUGUCCAAAAGUUCUCGGGUAGCCGAUUGAUUCCCAGUGCCGUGUUUGGACUUUCUAUGUAACAACGGUACACGUACGUCAAACAUGUCGUUCUUUGGAGUCAACGUUACCAAUCCCUUCAGCACACCAGUGGGCCAGAAGAUAGAGCAAGCCACUGAUGCCAAUCUACCAAGCGAAAACUGGGCACUUAAUAUGGAAAUAUGUGACAUCAUCAAUGAGUCGGAACCUACGAGCGCUGUUAAAGCCAUUAAACGCAGGCUUAACCAGGCUGCUGGCAAAAAUUACACUGUUGUCAUGUACACGCUUACUGUACUGGAAACUUGUGUAAAAAAUUGUGGUAAACGUUUCCAUGCACAGGUAUUUACGAGAGAAUUCGUAUCAGAGCUGGUAAAGUUGAUAGGACCAAAGAACGAACCUCCAACCGCUGUGCAAGAGAAAGUAUUAAAUCUGAUACAGACCUGGGCAGACACAUUUAAAGGCCAGCCUCACGCACAGGGUGUUGUACAAGUUUAUCAAGAACUCAAAAGCAAAGGAAUCGAAUUUCCAAUGACAGACUUGGAUGCAAUGGCACCAAUCAUAACUCCUGAAAGGAGUGUGCCAGAGGUCGACGCAGCGAGUCAAGGCGCGGUAGCGGCAGCCGGGGCCACGGCGGCUACCACCUCGGCCUCGCCCGGUCCCAUCCAGCAUAACGAGCCCGGCCCAGUGUUGGGCUGCCGCGCUGGUCAGCUGAUAGCUCUCAACGAUCAACAAAUGGCCAAGUUACGCAGCGAGCUUGACUUGGUGCACUGCAACAUGCGCGUCUUCUCGGAGAUGUUGGCCGCCGCCUGUUCGACCGGUGUCAAUCCUCAAGAGAAGCAAACGGAUCGGUUGCUCGCCGAGGACCUUGAGCUGCUCACGGAACUACACAACACCUGCAAGGCAAUGCAGGAACGCGUGGUCGAUCUGAUAGGCAAACUGGCACACGAUGAACUCACUGCUGAGCUGUUGCAAAUCAACGAUGAGAUGAACAACCUGUUUCUACGGUACAGCCGCUUCGCCAAGAACACGCAGGCGCCGACUGCGAGUGCCCUGGUAGCUCAGGCAAUUGGACCUGCACCAGCAUCCUCAUCUUCAGCUGCUCACCAAAAAAAACUUGAGGCUGGGGAUUCGCUCAUCGAUCUUUCGGACGAUGAAGCUGAGGCUGCAGGGGCGGUGGCUCUGCCCAUCAGUGCAAUGUCUGACCUCAAACUAGGAGAUGACAAAGGAGAUGAAAAAUUGCGACGAAAGGAUGAGAAAGAUGAGUUCGACGCGUUUGCACAAUCGCGAACUGCAAGUUUCGACGCCACAAAAAACAGGCAAGACGAGGGAAUGGAAUCCACCGGAGCUCGCUCGAAAAAUUCGUCGGAUAAAACGUUGACAUCGUCAGAGUUCGAACGAUUCCUGGCAGAGCGCACCGCUGCCGUGGCCAGUGAGAUGAUUUCGAGUAAUAGUGGUAGCCAGGUUACUGCAGCAGCAACAAGCGGCAGCUCUACGGGAACAGUGCAGCGUCAAAUUGACAAGGAGAAGGAGGAGAAGUCCCUGUUUGCUCUUUAAGUGGGUGCCUACAACUUUGACUCUGUCAUGUUUUCAUUUAUUUGUAUCUCUUGGUAUCAUAGGAUUGUGUGCACUAUGCAAAAAAUUUUUUUUCUCUACAUUUCUGUUUUCCUUCUAAUUUUCUAUUUAAAAAAACGAGCAUUGUGGCAUACGUUAUCUAAGUAGUUAAGUUAUAAAGUGAUUAAGUCAAUGAGUAAGUAUAAGCUCAAAAGUAAGAUAAUUUUAACUUUUAUUUUUUAAACGUCAUUUCUUCUUACUUUGCUUAUUUUAUCAUAAGUUCAACGAAAUAAUUACUAUGCAAACAUAGGAUAAAAUCACCUGUCUCAAAUUUUGUUAGCGAGAAGAAAACACUACUAAGGAACUUAUAACGUGGUUUCAUGGAUAAAAUUUCUAGCCAGGGCUUAUUCCUCAUCAAUUGACUAUUAGUUUUAAGAUAUAUUCAGCCAGCAUUAAGUAUCCUACAACUGGUAUUAAAGCAUAACUGAUAUUUUGGCAGGAAAGGGUAAUACCAAAAUGUUGUACACUAUCGUAUUAAAAUUUCUAAUGCGUGGUGAAAAAAAGAACGGCAGAAAUGGUUCAAUGAAAACCAAAUUUUAAAAAAGAAUUUAUCUGUGUACAUAAUGAAUUGCUACUUCUUAACAUCAAGAACUUGAUGUCUUUAAUAUCGCGUUUAAUAUUUUUGAUUAAAGAUAAGAGUUUUUAAUGUUUUGUUUUUUGCACGGCAGCCAUAAUUAAGUUACCAAAUAGUUGUAGAUAAUUUAUCAGUUUUUGAAAAUUUAUGUUUUACUUUUUUAUGCAUGAUCAUUAAAUGGCUUUUUUUCUCCGCGCAUAAUUUAUUAAAUAUGCCAUCAUUUG